CGGAGGGGCGAUCGGGAGGCCGCGGAGUCCUCGGGCCGCCGGCCCCGGGUUCGAGGCUGCCCGCGCCUGCCCAGCUCUGGGGCCAGGAGCGUGCCGGCUACUUCUCGGGCCUCAGUUUCCCGCCCGCGAGGAUCCAGGGGGAGGUUUCAUGCAUGGACCCGAGGCCUGGUGCUCGGGCACUGCACUCCCAGGGCUGAGCUGAGCAUCCGGACCAGAGAGGCCCAACACCAGUGAGGUCUGCUGUUCUAGGAGAGCCAUGAAGCUGAACGAGAGAAGUGUGACCCACUAUGCACUGAGCGACUCCCCCGCCGACCACAGGGGCUUCUUGCGCACCUGGGGGGGACCAGGGACUCCCUCCACCCCCAGUGGCAGCGGCCGAAGGUGCUGGUUUGUCCUCAAGGGCAACCUGCUCUUCUCCUUCGAGAGCCCAGAGAGCCGCACCCCGCUGGGCCUGGUGGUGCUGGAGGGCUGCACGGUGGAGCUGGCCGAGGCGCCGGUGCCCGAGGAGUUCGCCUUUGCCAUCCGCUUCGACGCGCCUGGGGUGCGCCCACACGUGCUGGCAGCGGACGGGCCCGCGGCCCAGGAGGCCUGGCUGAAGGUGCUGUCCAGGGCCAGUUUUGGGUACAUGCGCCUGGUGGUUCGAGAGCUGGAGAACCAGCUGCGUGAUGCCCGCCACAGCCUGGCCUGCCACCGGCGCGCCUCCUGGAAAGCUGUCAGCUCCCGCCACAGACCCCAGACUCCUGACGGCUGCUCAGAGGCCUUGGAGAACGGCCACUCCCUCUCCAGGGAUUGCAGCCCUCUGGGCUUGGUCGGGGAGGGGGGCAGCAGGUCAGUGGGACGGGGCCUGGCCGAGUGGGAGCUGCAGGGCCCUGCCGGUCUCCUCCUUGGCAGGGGACAGAGCCCUGUGUCCCCCGAGACUUCCUGCUUCUCCACCCUGCACGACUGGUACGGCCAGGAGAUCUUGGCACUGAGGCGCGGGUGGCUGCAGAGAGUCCAGGGCAGGCAGUCAGGCGACAAGCAGGAGAGGCCCUGAGCCAGGCCCUUCGGGUUUGUCCUGCUGGCCAGG